CAGGAGGGAGAGUGAACUCAGGGCCGCCAUGGAGGGCAGCUUCACUGGUCCCGAUGAGUACCAGAAGUACUUCUCGCCCAAGGACUACCUGGACACCUACUAUAGCUUUGAGCACGGCCCCUCACCAGAGACAGAGAUGAUCAAGUUUAGUCUGCAGUUUCUCCACAAGGUCUUUGGCCCAGGGGGCAUCCGAGGGGAAACGCUGAUCGAUGUGGGCUCAGGCCCUACCAUCUACCAAGUGCUGGCUGCCUGUGAGGCCUUCAGCGACAUCACCCUCUCUGACUUCACUGACCGCAAUAGGGAGGAGCUGCAGAAGUGGCUGAGGAAGGAUGCGGGGGCCUUUGACUGGACCCCAGUGCUGAAAUUCGCCUGUGAGCUGGAAGGGAACAGCAGUCAUUGGCAGGAGAAGGCUGAGAAGCUCCGGGCCACAGUGAAAAGGGUGCUCAAGUGUGACGUCAACCUGGGCAAGCCCUUAGCCCCGGUGGAGCUGCCUGCGGCUGACUGUGUGCUCACCCUGCUGGCCAUGGAGUGUGCCUGCUGCAGCCUUGCCGCCUACCGUGCUGCGCUGUGCAACCUUGGCUCUCUGCUCAAGCCUGGUGGCCACCUGGUGACCAGCAUCACACUGCAGAUCUCCUCCUAUAUGGUGGGGAAACAUCAGUUCUCCUGCCUGUACAUUACGAAGGAGGAGGUGGAGCGAGCUAUCCUGGAUGCUGGCUUUGACAUCGAGCAGCUCCUGCACAGUGAGCAGAGCUACUCUGCCACCAUAGCUCCCAACAAGGGGAUCUGCUUCAUUGUGGCCCGAAAGCGGUCAGGGCCCUGAGCUGAGGGGUCAGCCAGGAGUCCCAGACCCUGAGCUGCGAUGAGAGGGGUGGAAAAUGGGUAACAUCUAAUGGCCCCUGCUUUCAACACUCACAGUCUACAUUCUCAGGUCUGAGAUUCUAAUAUCCCCGUUUAGAGAUCUAAGUUUCUAACAUACCUUGUCCUUGGACCCUAGGAGGACAUUCCACUUCAAAUACCCUGAGCUCUCUGACUCCCGUGUAACUCCAGAGCCCCCGAGACACAGUCUCAACCUUUACCCAGGAUAGCGAAGACGAGGACAGUAGCCUGUUGACAGGGUUUCAAAACUAGCUCUACUAAGGCAAAAGCCCUGAUUUUGCAGUGAUGCCAACUUCUGUGGUGCAAAUGCUCCCAUCAUGGCUGAUCUCAAGCUACCAGGGGUUUAACUUCUGUCUUAUGAAACUCCUAAAAAUCUUAGCAUCAGCUCUCACACACAGAUAUGAGUCAGCCUAAACAGAUAAGGGCUGGGAGAUUUAGCAAAUAAAAAAUAUAGGAUGCUCAGUUAAUAUAAUUUUAGAUGAAUGAAAUAACGUUUUUUAAGGAUAAGUAUGUCCUCCAAAUUGUAUGGGAUGUACUUCUCCUAAAUAUUAUUUGUUGCUCAUCUGCAAUUUAUUUUUACCCAGGUGUCCUCUAUGUCAUCUGGAAAACCCACUCUAGCACUACACUUCCAGCUCCAGAGCUAUAAGAGGUCCUGCCCAGGAGUCAGGACUGUGUCUAGAACAUAGGUGUCUUUGCGUAAACUAGAUAGGGGUCUUCUGCUAGGACACAUUACCAGAAGGUGUCCUCCUGGUUGAUGAGUUGUCCAAAGGUGCCUUGUGUUCCUUUCUCUGGGCACUUGCUGGAAGAACAAGUCCCUUCCUUGAGCUGACUUGAUCUCUCCCUUGAGCCCCUGUUGCCAGACCCUCCCCUUACCCCCUCAGUUGUCACCUCUGUGUGGGGUCCACCCUGAUGAGCUGGACACAGCCACCCUCAGAAGAGUCAGGGAACCAGGAUUCUAGUCUCAGCCCUGCCAUUUCUCUGGACCUCGUGUUCCCUACCUGUGGGGUAAGAGGAAGAGGUCUCAUCUAAUAAUUUACUGGAAAGUUUUAGGGGCAGGCAUAGAUGCAAAAGUGCUUGGAGAAGUAAAAGAUUUUGUACAAAUUAAUACGUUGGCAUGAAUUUUCCAGAGGGUCAGAGCUAGAAUAGCUUUUGAGAAUUACCAAGGCCUCUCCAGAUUUUUCUAACCCAUUAAGUAAGCCAGGUGGCUUCCCUAGAGACAUACAGGGUUGGAAUGGGAAGCCCGGUGUCCUUCUUCCUGGCCCGUCCCACCUACCAGAUGUCUGGGGCUUAGCAGGGAAGGGAGUCCCCUCAUCCUCAGCUCUCUUAGCCCGAGCACCCCUCUGCCUUCCUCAUUCUCAGAAUCAUGCAGACCCCAGCUGAGCACUGGUCUCAGAAGACCCCUCUGGACUUGUCUGGAGAGGCAUGGUGUAGGGUGGCUCCAGGCCAGGAACUCAUGUCCAGGAACAGGGGAGAGAUGGGCAGAAAUGAGCUGGGGUCUGGAAUUUUGAUCACAUAUGAAGUUUCUCUCUUCAACAUAGGUUGGAUUCUGAAGGGUUGCAGACAGGCAAUGCCCAGGGGAGGGGCUGUCAAGGAAAGGAAGUGGCGAAUGUGUUCCUCUUUCUGGGUGGGGACCUCCCGUGGAGGGCGAGCUGAUCGAGACAUGGGCAACAGACACGGAGCAGCAAGUUCUGGGCCUCGCUGCUGUGGCAGUUUGGUGUGUGAGAGUAGAGGAGGGUGGAAGGCUGUGAGGAAGACUCCAGGGGCUGGUGGGAGCUGCUGGCAUGUUAGAGUGGCCAGGCUGGAUGGGGACUGCGCUGUGUACCUGCCCUGUGUGCACAUGUUGAUAACCUGCACUUGCUACACACAUUAAUAAAACACAUAGAUUCACCCUGGCUACUAGCAGAACCUGUAAUAUGCUGCUGAAACCGCGGGGUCUAGGGGGCGUGUGUGAGGAGGUGCCGGAAUUUUUAAAAGGACGCAGUCCCACUCUGGCUUUCCUUUUCAGGUAGGGGAAUUACAUUUGUGCGUCAUGCAUGACUCCUAUGUAUAGUAGAUUGCUACCCUCCUAGGAGGUUUCCUAAUAUAGGAUGUAAUACCAGAUUUACCUCUAAUGCCUUCCCUGUCUUUUCCCCCAGUUAACUUGUCGUUUAGAGACUCAAGGACAACAGAGCUAGGGUCUCUGUGAUUAACACGGUGUUUACUCACAGUUACAAAAUGGCUGUUCUAGCACCAGGUAGUAUGCAUAGUUUUAAUUAGGUAGUGAAAUGGAGGGAAGGUGCUUGAUAUUUGUUCUUAAAAUGAAAGCCACAGUCCAGAACCUUCCAGCACACUUCAGUUUUGUCAUGUGUCACCUCUUGUACCACCCCCAGUGGCACUGUGGACUAGGAAAGGAAGUACACCCCUGUACUACCAGCACCUGGGGUGAGGUGUGAGGACAUUUGAACUCCAAAUGGCUUGCCUAGCCCUGCCCCUAUGGCACCUCCUGUUGAAGCCCCAGUGGCCUCUCUCUUGCUGUGGCGUUGCUCACUGCCUGCUGCUUUCCUUAGCUUAUGUCUCGCAUUCCUGGCAUCUCCAACUGGUGUCUCUCAACUUGUUUGGCUCCACUCUCAAAUACACAGUGCCCUCUCAGGACGCACAGUAUCACCUCCCAGAGGUCUUCUGAAAUCUGGGGUGGGAACAUUCAUGACCCUGUAAAGCUUGCAUUCUGCAACCUUGUAAAACCAGCACCACAUGGAUAGCACCAAGACCUGGUGCCAUCUCCAGUAGUAGCCAGGUCCCCUUGGUUUAUGGCCCCACCAGACUCUUAGUGCCUGGAUGGCUGAGUACUGUGAACUGAAGCCUAGAGAACCAAAUCCUUAGAUGGCUCUCUAGGCCUUCUUGCAUAGGGUGCCCUGUAGCAGUGUUCUCAAAAGAAAAUCUUUUACUUUUGUCAUUCUUCGUCUUCAAGUGUGGGUCUUACAUGUUCUCAAGUCAUCCUUCCUAUUGUCCUGAGGAGAAGUACUUGGAGUAUUUUAAUGCUAGUCUUUUCAAGAACCAAGAAGCUCUCCUGUGCUCCAGCUUUACACAUUGUUUCAUUUGUGGUGCAACUGAAAACUUUUAAAAUGAGCUUUUUUGCUCAUGCUUCUCUGUAAAUCUCUUUAAAAGCAGUGAGAUUUGUAUUAUACCAGUCCGGGGCUCCUUCUCUACCCAGCAUCUCCAAACCUCUCCAAACUCCUCCAGUGAACCAUUUCCGAAAGGUUCUGAAUCACAUGCUCAGGAAACAUCACAACAGCAACCCAACUUCUCUGUCUGAGUCACUUUCACAUUGCUGGGACACAAUAAUUGACAACCACGACUUAAAGGAGACGUUUAUUUUGCUUCACAUUUGUAGUCCUCGAUUGGCUGGCUCCAGGGCAGACUCAGGCUGGCCAGCGCCCCUGGCAGAGGAAAUCUGUUCCCAUCAAGCCAUCCAGGAAGCAGACAGAGAAGGGAAGAGUUGCAAAGAAGAUUCAUCUUUCCACAUCAUGCCCUCAGUGGCUGGACUCUUCUGACCAGACUCCACUUUCAAACAAAACGUCAACUAUAUCACCCCAUAAUCCAAUCUUCUUUCAAAAGCCUUGCCCUUGAGUGCGUGAAUUUCAUAGGUGAUGUCUAGAUAUAAACCAUACCAGCCAGCUAAUUCCCAGCCUCCUCAGCCAUGUUCUUUUGUGUUAAACGUGACUGGUCCUGGCUUUGUUCUUUUCCCCUAAGCCCACUUGUCUAGAGCCCAUUGCCUCAUUCAUGCCAUUCCCAUGCCAAUCCUAGGGGAACUGUAGGCCUGACAGGAACAAGAAACCAGGACCCUCUGUACCAGGGUCACUGGUCUCCGGAUGGAGAUUUCUUCCCCAGCCUGAGUGCCCCCAGGAGGAGGCAGCAGCUUUCUCUGCAGAUGGAGCCCAGGUCCAAUGGAGGAUGUCCUAUCCGACUCCAUAGGACUCAGCUGGACAUGAGGGCCAUUCUGUAUCUCCUGCAUGCCUCAGGCCUCUCCCAGGUGAUCACUGGCGAGUUGGCUGAGAGCCUAUUCUCAGAGCUCUGCACUCAGUCUUCCCACCUCUGGUAUGCACCACCCCUACUCUGUAGGGGAGCUGCCUCCAGAACACUGGGGUGAGAGGACUGGGUCAGGCUGUGGUGGCUGUGCAUAUUCCACCCAAGGCCCUGAGGAGAGAGGCACUGCCUGGCCCUCCUGUGCUGGGUGCCUUCUAUCUGCCCUGCAAGGGACCUCUCUCCUGGCUCAUCAGAGCAGGUUUUAUCCCUCUCUACCUCUCCUGAGGGGCACUUCUGACUGCCUUGUCCUCCCACCGAUAGCACUAUCUGUGUGAGUUCAGGGUCACAAUGAGGAGGUCUAGGGUGCUUUGGAUGGGUGAAAGUCUGUCCCAUGUUACCCUGCUGUGGUCUGCCAGGUCCUGGGACCUCAUCCUCCGCUAUAUUGGUGUCCAUGUAGACCCAGACCAGGAGCGGAGCCUGAGGGUGUCAGGUGAGCUAGAGCCUGGGGGUGUCUGAUGAGCUGUGGGGAGUGUGGAUGAGCUGCUCCAUCACAUUGCCAGAGGCAAUGGCCUUGACUGGACCUCUUGUUCUGACCUCUCAGGAUAGUAGCCAGACAGCUGGGAAAAUCUUGGUAUCAAGUCAUUAAAGAAAGCUUUCACAAUGUCCUUCCAACCCAGCUGGCCUGGAUAGGAGCCACCUGGUGAGCUCCAUGUUUCCAUUGCUUUGGCCUUGGAAAGGGGACAGUUGGGCAAGCAAAUACGGUUCUCUGGAAAUCUACGGACUCCCUCCCCAAUAAAUACUCAACUCUGCCCUACCAUCAAGGAGCCUGGUGGUGGGGAGCGUCCAUGCUCCAGUAUUCUCUGUAGAGCUUCCUGAGGAGAACCCCUUGCUCCUCAUGUUGUCACAAAGCACCUGGUCUCAUGCAGCAGGCCUUGUCUCCCUAUUUUAAGCUCCAUAA